AUGCUUUCCCGUCUUAUUGCCUUAAUUGCCCUGCUUAACUUUGCCGAUGCUCAACUGGUCAACCCAUACAAUGGGGCACAACCAGGCCAAAUCGGCGGAAAUCCAUUGACACAAAAUGGGAUUCCCUGCUAUGGCCAGUUGCAAUGCUCACUUGGACAGGUGUGCUGUGGUCCUUUGCAACUGCCUUCUCUAUCCUCACUUCUCUCUCCAUCAACAACUCUUCAACAACAGAGGCUUUGCACAGCUGGAGCAACACCGAAUUCCAUCGACUGCACCGUCGUCGCUCCCAACGGCGAUUUUCUCACUGUCACCGUGAUGACCACU